AUGCGUAUUUCAUCAGUGCCAGAGAACAACUGGAGACAUGAUUAUCUUUGUAAAAGUUUUUUGUUUCCUGUUUUUCAUUCAGAUCCUUAUGUGAAGAUUCAUCUGAUGCAGAAUGGCAAGAGGCUGAAGAAGAAAAAGACAACAAUUAAAAAGAACACACUUAACCCCUACUACAAUGAGUCAUUCAGCUUUGAAGUACCUUUUGAACAAAUCCAGAAAGUGCAGGUGGUGGUAACUGUUUUGGACUAUGACAAGAUUGGCAAGAACGAUGCCAUCGGCAAAGUCUUUGUGGGCUACAACAGCACCGGCGCGGAGCUGCGACACUGGUCAGACAUGCUGGCCAACCCCAGGCGACCUAUUGCCCAGUGGCACACCCUGCAGGUAGAGGAGGAAGUUGAUGCCAUGCUGGCCGUCAAGAAGUAAAGGAAAGAAGAAGCCUUUCUGCAUUUGCCCAUAUAGUGCUCUUUAGCCAGUAUCUGUAAAUACCUCAGUAAUAUGGGUCCUUUCAUUUCUCCAGCCAUGCAUUCCUAACACAAUUCAGUGGUACUUCAAAUCCUGUUUUAAUUUGCACAAAUUUAAAUGUAGAGAGCCCCUAAGUCCUUCAUCAUACCACUGCCCUCCAAAUCUACUCUUCUUUUAAGCAAUAUGAUGUGUAGAUAGAGCAUGACUGAAAUUAUUUAUUGUAUCACACCGUUGUAUAUACCAGUAUGCUAAAGAUUUAUUUCUAGUUUGUGUAUUUGUAUGUUGUAAGCGUUUCCUAAUCUGUGUAUAUCUAGAUGUUUUUAAUAAGAUGUUCUAUUUUAAACUAUGUAAAUUGACUGAGAUAUAGGAGAGCUGAUAAUAUAUUAUAUGGUAAAUAUAGUAUCGUCUGCAUUCCAGCAAAACUAUCAACUCGUAAGGCACUAGUACAGUUAAACUGAUAUCUUAAAGGACAACUUAAACCUGAGCUUUCCAAGAUAAACUUACACCACAUACUUGGUAGGAGAAUCCAAUUUUUUUAAAAUCCUGCACAGGCAAAAUAGAAUGAUCUAAGUAGCAGCAUCCAGGCUGACCUCAAGGAAGCAUAGCCACAAACCAGAAUAGCAUCUGUCUGUAUAUAUUUACAAAGCUAAAAUAAUGGCUUCACUCUUACAUUUGAGAAAGCAACUGAACAGGAGUCAAUGAUUUCAUAUUACAAGGUGUUCCGUGUGUGUGUGUGUGUGUGUGUGUGUGUGUGUGUGUGAGUGUGGUGUGCGCACAUUUGUUUGGGGAUAGGGAGAGAAGAUGCUGAGGGGAGAAGUCAACAUUUAUGAAAUAUUGCCUGACUACUUAAAAAGAAAAAAGUAGCUCUCCGUUAUCACCUUUAUAUAAAAUGUGCAUCCUGUGAAUUCUGUUCCAGAUUUCACACUUAGAAUAAUUCCAAAAGGGUUGCACAUUAGAAUUUGUAACAAAAUAUUUUAUUAUAUAAAACCAGAUGAGAAGGAAUGCAGAAUAUUUUUAACACAGCAAUCUGUGCUUAUUACACAAAAUUACUUUGUGGUAAACAGACAGUAUUGUGAUCCCACAAAAAGAAAAAAAAAAAAAAAAACCAACAACAAUUAGCCAUAGUUCUGAAUGCACUUCAAUUAAGCCAAAACAGACAGCUAGUGAUCUUUUUAUAUACUCUUUUUACUUUUAAGUUUCAAUUUGUCCUUUAAAAAAAGGUGAAACAAACCAAGAACAAGUUCUGGAAAACUGAAGCAACCUCUUAUGUAUACUAGAUGCUUGAUUUAGGAGGAGUUUUUAAAUGUUUUCAAUGUUAUUAUGUAGUAAAUGGCACUAUUAUGAAGCUACUAGUCAUUCCAUAAGAGUCUUAAAGGACUGCUCUGUGUAACACUGUGACUGCCGUGUGUGCUUAGACACGUAGUUUCCUCAGUGGAUAGCACUCAAUUUAUUCCGUAGUGAUAUUGUAACAAUACUGCCAUUCCCUUCUACUGCACUGCCCAAGGUGUGUGUAGCACAAACAGUUCUCAUUACAAAGGACCAAUUCAGAACUGAAAAGCUAUGCAUAGGACAAGGAAGAUAUAUAGAAUGGGGUGGAACACAGCAUUUUGUCAAGCACUGUGCAAUAUUCCAUAUUUUUCCCCACUAUGGUAGACAACCACUUUGUGGAAGGGCAGCCUGUUAUGUCACAUUGCAUCUACUCACUUUUCUCCCACUCACUUCUGUGACCCAUUUUAAUUUCCGGGCUACAGACAGUAGUGAUCCUCUGAAAUGAAAGUUUAUCUUCACAAAUACCAAAACAAAAUGGAGGAAAACUAAGCAUUGACCUCACGUUCAGACUUCAGGAUAUCACACCAUGUCUUUUCAAAGACUAAAGAGAAUUCAAAAAGGGCUGAUGGUAGGCUUUGAACAUGGGGCUGGCUGUUUUCCAGAAAAUCUGAAAUUCCUGUCAUUACUGUUUCCUUAUCAAAGAAGGGGCAAAUGCUUUUGCCUUUUAGCCCAGACAUAGUAAACACUUUAUAAUUGGGACAGACACAAAAGACAAAAGAAAAAUACCAUCUCCUUCUGCUAAAGGUCCAUGCAUCUAAAAAACAUAGGUAAUAGAAAAUAUACACAAGUCAGAUUGUGAGAUUAAAUAAUGGCUUGAACAGAAACUUCAAACAAGACUCUUUUCAAUUUAAAGGAACAAACCCUUCCAAAGAGAGGGAGUUGAUUGGCUUUUAAAAAUUAUUUAAAUAUCAGAAAUGACAUUUAAUUUCACUGUCUUCAGCUUUAAGUUGUUCACAAUGAAACAACACCUUAAAACAAGCAGGUUCAAGCUGCUGAGCAGAUAUUAUUUCUUGCAUUAAAGUACUGCUAAUGUAUUCUCUUGCAACACUGCCAGACAUGGGAUUGUCACCAUAGAAUUAGUUGGUACUAUGCCAUCUUUCACAAGUCAGUGAUGGAACCUGCUUUAUGACCAAGAUUCAUCCUCAAAUAAGCCACAUGUACCUUUCUGACAAAGCUGUGUAAAGUAUUAGAAUCCGAUACUCUAGAAAGAUCCUAGUUGCCUUUGUGUAUAUUUACUGCCUGCUUGAGUGUAGAAAUGUUGGGGUGUUUUCUUCUGCCAUAUGGCUCGUGGCCCGCGAGCCAACUACUUCAGCUGUAUUUUACCUUCAUUUUUGAUGAGGUGGUUUAAAUUUUGUUUCACUUUGUGUAGUGAAUUCCACAGUAGUUUUCUGAUUGUUGUUAAAAAUAACAUAUUACACAGAUAUUCAAUAAAAAUGUUUUAUUUCCUGUUGA